ACCAAACGAUCAGUAAAUCUAGAGCAUCCAAAUAUUAAACAAAUUAUUACUAAAAAUGUUCUCUAUAAAGUGUAUUAUUUUAGUGGCUUCCUGCCUUAUCCUCACUGCUACAGCUUCACCCAUAGAAUUUGUAAAUAUCUACGAAUUGGAACCAGAAAAUUCAGAAUAUUUUCAAUAUGAACCGGUAUUAUCAAGACCAGCAAGAUCACCUCAACAUGGUAAUAUUGAUUUUGGCGUAAAACAGGAUCAAUUUGGUCGCGAAGCUUCGGUCAAUUACAAUCACAAUUUGUAUAGCAGCAGUGAUGGUCGUGGUUCAAUUGAUGCUUAUGCUCAAGCUUCAAGAAAUUUUGAUCAUAAUCGCAAUGAUUUUGGUGGUGGCAUCGUGGGAUCUUGGAGAUUUUAAAUCUUUUCUAUAUAAUUUGUUAUAAUAAAUAAUUGAGUAAUUUAUUUAAAAUUAA